AUCACGGAUUUCCUGUGGGACAAGCGCACCGGGCUGGCUGCGAGGACGGUGCGGCGCGGCGCGGGGCGGGAUGGGAUGCCGCACUCCCGAAGGUACCGCUCGUCGGAGCGCAGCAGCCGCGGCAGUUACCACGAGCGCUACCGGAGCCGCAAGCACAAGCGGCGGCGGACGCGGUCGCGGUCCAGCAGCAGCGAGCGGGACCGGCGGCACCGGCGGGAGGACAGCUACCACGUCCGAUCCCGGAGCUACGACGACCACUCAGCAGACCGGAGAGCCUACGACCGGCGUUACUGUGACAGCUACCGGCGCAACGACUACAGCCGCGAGCGGGGCGACGCCUACUACGAGCCCGAGUACCGCCAUUCCUACGAGUACCGGCGCUCCCGGGACCGCGAGGGCAGCUACCGCAGCUGCAAAAGCAGCCGGCGUAAGCACAGGCGGAGGCGGCGCCGCAGCCGGUCCUUUAGCCGCUCCUCAUCGCAGCGGAGUCGACAGAGCAGCAGAAGGGCCAAGAGUGUGGAGGACGACGACGAGGGGCAUCUGAUCUAUCGCGUCGGCGACUGGCUACAAGAAAGAUAUGAGAUUAUCAGCACCCUGGGGGAAGGCACGUUCGGCAGAGUGGUGCAGUGCAUGGAUCACCGGAGGGGUGGUGCACGUGUUGCUCUGAAAAUCAUUAAAAACGUAGAGAAAUACAAAGAGGCUGCUCGACUGGAAAUCAACGUGCUGGAGAAAAUCAACGAGAAGGAUCCUGAGAACACAAAUCUCUGUGUCAGGAUGUUUGACUGGUUUGACUACCACGGCCACAUGUGCAUCUCCUUUGAGCUGCUGGGGCUCAGCACCUUUGAUUUCCUGAAGGAUAACAACUACCUGCCUUACCCCAUCCACCAAGUACGGCACAUGGCCUUCCAGGUGUGCCAGGCUGUGAAGUUUCUGCACGACAAUAAACUCACCCACACUGACCUCAAGCCAGAGAACAUCCUCUUUGUGAACUCUGACUACGAGCUCUCCUACAACCUGGAAAAGAAGCGGGACGAGCGCAGCGUGAAGAGCACGGCCAUCAGGGUGGUGGAUUUUGGCAGUGCCACGUUUGACCACGAGCAUCACAGCACCAUUGUCUCCACCAGGCACUACAGGGCCCCUGAAGUCAUCCUGGAGCUUGGCUGGAGCCAGCCCUGUGAUGUGUGGAGUAUUGGCUGCAUCAUCUUUGAGUAUUAUGUGGGUUUCACCCUUUUCCAGACACAUGACAACCGGGAGCACCUGGCCAUGAUGGAGAGGAUCCUGGGGCCAAUUCCCUCUCGGAUGGUCAGGAAGACAAGGAAACAGAAAUAUUUCUACCACGGCCGCCUGGACUGGGACGAGAACACCUCAGCUGGACGCUACGUCCGGGAGAACUGCAAACCACUGCGGCGAUACCUGACCUCGGAGGCCGAGGACCAUCACCGCCUGUUCGACCUCAUCGAGAGCAUGCUGGAGUACGAGCCCUCCAAGCGGGUCACCCUGGCUGAGGCCCUCAAGCACCCCUUCUUCGACAUGCUAGGCAUGGAGCCCAGCACCAAAAUGUGGGACUCGAGCCGGGACAUCAGCCGGUGACGCCACAGGUGCCAGCCAGCCCUCGGAUUCUAGCCCCCGUGGAGGCCUGUGUGAUUUCUAUUCAGACACUUCUUGG